AUGUUCGCCACACUCAUUUCUGUCGCUCUCUUCUCGAGCCUCGCCAUCAAGGGAGCCCGCGCUGACUUCACGCUUGAUACCCCCGCUCUUGUCCAGUGCCAACCUGCGACCCUUACGUGGUCCAACACUGGCUCUAACACCUACAACGUCAUUGUCGUACCCAGCGACGAUGUCUGUGGUGAUGAACUUGCUGACCUCGGUGACUUCACGGACACGACUACGACUUGGACGGUUGCCGUACCCGCUGGCCAGAACGUAACGUUCUCCGUUCAGGAUCAGUGGGACAACGAAGCUUGGAGCGGUUCGGCGACCGUUGGUCCCAGCGAUGACGCGUCGUGUUUGUCUGCCGUCUCUGGCGCCUCCUCCGCUGUUCUCCCCACCGCCGCGAGCGCCUCCCACCACGCUUCCACUGCCAAGGCCACUGGCUCUGGUGUGGUCAACGCCGCCCCCGCUAGCAGCAGCGGAGCUGCUCAGGUUGUUGGUGCCGCGAGCUCCGGUGACGGUACCUCCGCAGGAUUCUCCAUGCACCAGCUUAACGCUCCUGUCAUGAUUCUCAGCGCACUCGCUGCGCUCGCCAUCGCGUUUUAA